AGAGAGCAGAGGAUCCCCAGACAGGCUGACAGGACACAGUACCCAUAAGGCAGCCAGUGAUCAGUGGCCAUCAGUCUGUCUUUUGGGCUGUAGCACCUGCUACUAAUUGCUGCGAAGAGCCCAGCCGUCACCGCGUGGUUUAGCACACUCAGCUCUCCCUGGGUGUGCUGUGAGAAGCAGGACAGCUAAUUGCUGUUGCUUCAGCACCAGUGCAUCGACAUGCUGAGCUAAUAGCGACAGAUAGAGGGCAGACAGAUUCCGGCUAGCAGCUUCUAGUUAGUUUGCUUGUGAUAACUAAGGCAGUUGGCAUACCUCUCAGAACGGGGAGAAAGAAAGAUUGUAUGCCUCCUGGGUUGAUUAUAUUGAGGUGAUUUUUUUCUCCUCUGCAACAUUUUCCUGAUGACACAAGACUGGAUAUUAAUGCCUCACAGAAUCAAGGAGUGUCACCUGUGAACGAAUCGCCUUGGACUUCGCUGAUGAGCACGGGCUGUUUUGGAAGGGAUGUGCAGGAGGCAGCCUUGGCCAGAAAACUUGCUGCUUAAUCUCACAUGGGCUAAAGAUGAAACUUUGAACCUGCAAAUCAGCCUUGAGUGGAACUUGACAGAAGAUGUUACAACAGUUUUAUCUCUGGAAAUGGUUAGCUUCAGGGAUCGUCCUCGGUUCUUUCUUUGGAGUCUGCUUUGGCCAGUAUGAAGAUGAUUGCAAACUAGCUAGGGGAGGACCACCAGCUACCAUAGUUGCUAUUGAUGAAGAGAGUCGGAAUGGUACCAUUAUAGUGGAUAACAUGCUGAUCAAAGGGACUGCUGGAGGACCAGACCCCACCAUAGAGCUCUCUUUAAAGGACAACGUGGAUUACUGGGUGCUGCUGGAUCCCAUUAAGCAGAUGCUGUUCCUGAACAGCACGGGCAGAGUUCUGGAUAGAGAUCCACCAAUGAACAUACACUCUAUCGUGGUGCAAGUCCAGUGCGUCAACAAAAAAGUGGGCACUGUUAUCUACCAUGAAGUUCGAAUCGUGGUGAGAGACAGGAAUGACAACUCACCCACAUUCAAGCAUGAAAGCUACUAUGCCACUGUGAAUGAGCUCACCCCCGUUGGCACCACGAUAUUUACAGGAUUUGAAGGAGACAAUGGAGCUACAGACAUCGAUGAUGGCCCAAAUGGACAGAUAGAAUAUUCGAUUCAGUAUAAUCCUGAUGAUCCAACAUCCAAUGACACCUUUGAAAUUCCCCUCAUGUUGACUGGAAAUGUUCUGUUAAGGAAAAGGCUCAACUAUGAAGAUAAAACACGCUACUAUGUCAUCAUUCAAGCUAAUGAUCGGGCACAGAAUCUGAAUGAAAGGCGAACCACCACCACCACCCUCACAGUGGAUGUUCUGGACGGAGAUGACUUGGGUCCGAUGUUUCUUCCCUGUGUCCUGGUGCCAAACACUCGAGAUUGCCGUCCACUCCACUAUCAAGCUGCCAUACCUGAGCUGAGAACCCCGGAAGAACUGAACCCCAUCAUCGUUACCCCACCCAUCCAAGCCAUUGAUCAGGACCGGAAUAUUCAGCCGCCAUCAGAUAGGCCAGGCAUCCUCUAUUCCAUCCUUGUUGGGACUCCUGAGGAUUACCCACGGUUUUUCCAUAUGCAUCCCAGGACUGCAGAGCUUACCCUCUUGGAGCCAGUAAACAGAGACUUUCACCAGAAAUUUGAUUUGGUUAUUAAGGCUGAGCAGGACAAUGGCCAUCCGCUCCCUGCCUUUGCCAGUCUGCACAUAGAAAUACUGGAUGAAAACAAUCAGAGCCCGUAUUUCACGAUGCCCAGUUAUCAAGGCUACAUCCUAGAAUCUGCCCCCGUGGGAUCGACUAUUUCUGACAGUGUAAAUUUGACCACCCCUCUAAGGAUUGUGGUUCUAGACAAGGACAUAGAAGAUACGAAAGAUCCAGAGGUUCACCUUUUCCUGAAUGACUACACCUCAGUGUUCACCAUCACACCAAGUGGCAUCACCCGCUUCCUCACCUUACUGCAGCCAGUGGACAGGGAAGAACAGGACACCUACAUCUUUUCGAUGACGGCCUUUGAUGGUGUGCAAGAAAGCCAGCCAGUUGUUGUCAAUAUUCGGGUGCUGGAUGCAAAUGAUAACACUCCAACCUUCCCCGAAGUAUCCUAUAAUGUCUACGUUUAUACAGACAUGAGCCCUGGGGAUAGUGUCAUACAGCUCACUGCAUUCGACCCGGACGAAGGGACAAAUGGGGAGAUCUCCUAUGAAAUCCUGAUUGGGGAUCAGGGAGACUUCGUCAUCAAUAAAGAAACAGGGCUUGUCACCAUCGCUCCAGGGGUGGAGCUGGUGGUGGGGCGAACCUACGCACUCACGGUCCAAGCCGCGGAUAACGCUCCUCCUGCAGAGAGAAGGCACUCCAUCUGCACCGUGUACAUUGAAGUGCUUCCUCCAAACAAUCAAAGCCCUCCCCGCUUCCCACAGAUGAUGUACAGCCUAGAAGUCAGUGAAGCCAUGAGGAUUGGUGCUGUUUUAUUAAAUCUACAGGCAACUGAUCGAGAGGGAGACCCAAUAACAUAUGCCAUUGAGAAGGGAGAUCCUCAGCGAGUUUUCAAUCUUUCAGAAACUACUGGGAUUCUAACCUUAGGGAAAGCAUUGGACAGGGAAAGCACGGAUCGCUACAUUCUCAUCGUCACUGCACAUGAUGGCAGGCCAGAUGGGACCUCAACUGCCACAGUAAAUAUAGUGGUGUCAGAUGUCAAUGACAAUGACCCCGUGUUUGAUCCCUAUCUGCCUAGAAAUCUAACUGUGGUGGAAGAAGAAGCCAAUGCCUUUGUGGGUCAAGUAAGGGCAACUGACCCUGAUGCUGGAAUAAAUGGCCAAGUGUACUACAGUUUGGGAAACCUCAAUCAUCUUUUCCGUAUCACAGCCAAUGGGAGCAUUUACACAACAGUGAAGCUUAACAGGGAAGUCAGGGACUACUAUGAACUUCUUGUUGUGGCAACUGAUGGAGCGGUACACCCUCGUCAUUCAACAAUAACCCUGGCCAUCAAGGUUUUGGAUAUUGACGAUAACAGUCCUGUGUUCACCAACUCAACAUAUACUGUUGUUGUUGAGGAGAAUCUGCCACCUGGGACCACCUUCCUUCAAGUGGAGGCCACAGAUGUUGACCUUGGAGCAAACGUGUCUUAUCGGAUAGGAAGCCCAGAAGUGAAGCAUCUUUUUGCAAUUCAUCCAUUUACAGGAGUACUCUCCCUUUUGACGAGUUUGGACUAUGAGUCAUUUCCAGACCAGGAAGCAAGUAUUACUUUCCUAGUAGAGGCCUUUGACAUUUACGGAACAAUGCCUCCUGGUAUUGCUACUGUCACAGUGAUAGUAAAGGACAUGAAUGACUACCCUCCAGUGUUUAGUAAACGCAUGUACAAAGGGAUUGUGGCUCCAGAUGCUGCCAAGGGUACACCAAUCACGAGUGUUUAUGCUGAAGAUGCAGACCCUCCUGGAUUACCUGCAAGUCGUGUGAGGUAUAGAGUAGAUGGUGUCCAGUCUCCUUAUCCUGCCAGUAUUUUUGAUGUAGAAGAAGAUUCUGGAACAGUAAUCACUCGUGUCAAUCUUAAUGAAGAACCUACGACCAUUUUUAAGCUGGUGGUUAUUGCGUUUGAUGAUGGUGAGCCUGUGAUGUCCAGCAGUGCCGUAGUGAAAAUUCUCGUCUUACAUCCCGGAGAAAUCCCACGUUUCACACAAGAGGAAUACAGGCCUCCUCCAGUAAGUGAACUGGCUGCGCGAGGGACUGCUGUGGGUGUUAUUUCUGCCGCGGCCGUCAAUCAGAGCAUCGUGUACUCAAUUGUCUCAGGAAAUGAAGAGGGAAAGUUUGGAAUUAAUAACGUCACGGGUGUUAUCUAUGUGAAUGACCUUCUGGACUAUGAAACAAGGACAAGCUAUGUACUUCGAGUCCAAGCUGAUUCCCUGGAAGUGGUCCUUGCCAAUCUCCGAGUUCCUUCAAAAAGCAAUACAGCUAAGGUAUAUAUUGAGAUUCAGGAUGAAAAUGAUCAUCCCCCAGUGUUUCAGAAAAAAUUCUACAUUGGAGGUGUAUCUGAAGAUGCAAGGAUGUUUGAUCCUGUGCUCAAAGUUAAGGCUACUGAUAAAGAUACUGGCAAUUAUAGUGCCAUGGCAUACAGGCUCAUCAUCCCACCAAUCAAAGAAGGAAAAGAAGGAUUCGUGGUCGAAACAUAUACAGGGCUGAUCAAAACAGCCAUGCUCUUCCAUAACAUGAGGAGGUCCUACUUCAUGUUUCAAGUCAUCGCAACUGACGACUAUGGGAAGGGACUGAGUGGCAAAGCAGAUGUACUUGUCUCUGUUGUCAAUCAGCUGGACAUGCAAGUCAUUGUUUCCAAUGUGCCACCGACUCUCGUGGAGAAAAAGAUAGAAGAACUUACAGAGAUUCUGGAUCGCUAUGUUCAGGAGCAGAUUCCUGGUGCCAAAGUUGUGGUGGAGUCCAUUGGUGCUCGCCGGCACGGAGACGCCUUUUCUCUGGAAGAUUACAGCAAGAGCGACUUGACCGUCUAUGCAAUCGACCCUCAAACCAACAGAGCCAUCGACAGAAAAGAGCUUUUUAAAUUCUUGGAUGGCAAACUGCUGGAUAUCAAUAAAGACUUCCAACCGCAUUAUGGGGAAGGAGGACGCAUCCUGGAGAUCCGGACGCCGGAGGCAGUGACCAGCAUUAAGAAGCGAGGAGAAAGCCUGGGCUACACAGAAGGGGCCUUGCUGGCUCUGGCCUUCAUCAUCAUCCUCUGCUGCAUCCCUGCCGUCCUGGUGGUCCUGGUCAGCUACAGGCAGUUUAAAGUACGCCAGGCCGAGUGCACCAAGACAGCUCGCCUCCAAGCUGCCGCAGCUGCGAUGCCCCCUCCCAAGCCAGCAGCUCCUGCCCCAGCAGCCGCCCCUCCAGGCCCGCCACCUCCGGGCGCACAUCUCUACGAAGAAGUUGGGGACAGCACAAUUUGGAGUUUUUGUUGGCAGCUGGUCUUAUGCAUGAGAACUUGUACUUUUUGGCGGAGUCUGACAAGGAGAGGUUAUUCAUUGGAGCAACAACAACUGCUGAGGCCUUCUCUUCUUAAACCAGAGGAGUUAUCCAUGGAGUCUGGAAUUGAUCCUGGCCAGGAAUAUGGACAAGAUUAUUACAGUUAUGAGCAUGGGUAUGAAAUGCCUCAGUAUGGAAGUCGCCGUCGCUUGAUACCACCAGGUGAACAAGAGGAAUAUGGUGAGGUGGUUGGUGAAGCUGAGGAGGAAGAAGAGUGGGCAAGAAAAAGAAUGAUCAAGUUAGUUGUUGAUGGAGAUUAUGAAACCAGCUCAACUGGAGAAGACAGCACUCCUGAAUGUCAGAGAAGCCGUCUCCACCCUCCUAAUAUCCACAGUAAUGUCAACGGUAAUAUCUACAUUGCCCAGAACGGUUCUGUGGUGAGAACCCGCCGGGCCUGCCUCCUGGAUAACUUUAAAGGGGCCUCCCCUGUGCGACUGGGGAGGCAUUUUAAGAAACUAGACAAGUUGGCAGUGACACAUGAGGAGAAUAUCCCCCUGAACACUCUGUCCAAGGGGCCAUUUUCUACUGAGAAAAUGAACACAAGACCAACUCUGGUUACGUUUGCCCCUUGCCCACUGGGGACUGACAGUAUGGUGGUGAAGCCACUGGGGAGCAGGCUGAAAAGCACAGUUGAACAGGAGUCUGUGAUGGACAGGAAGAGCGUUCGGGAAGCUUUGGAAUUCCAGAGUGACCACACGCAGUCAGAUGAGGAGGAACUUUGGAUGGGCCCUUGGAACAACCUCCACAUACCAAUGACAAAACUGUGACCGAUGUUUUUUUUAAAAAAGAUUAUUUUGAUUUUUACUUCAGUUUUUAAUAAACUGUGCUUUUCUUGUCACUGAGAAAAUAAUGUAUGGAAUUUGUAUCAUGCACACAAGCUAAAACUUUGAACAAUAUGCUUUAAAAUU